GGCAAGCAUAUAUGAAAGUAUGUAUGGUGUAUGUUUGUAGAAGAAAACAUUGAUUCAAAUCUGGAAUUAGAGAUGAUAUAUUUGAUAUUAAUCAGAUUAUAUCACAGAUUAACUGCGCAUGCCUUCUGAAUCUAAUCUUUUGACCAUGUGCUGUCCCUUUAAAUAUUUCGUGACGUCACGGUCUCCGUCUGCUCUAUUGUCCCAGCCUGUUUUGGUACAGUGAGUUCAGAGCAUAAACGUUGAAGACUUCAAAGGAAAUAGGCAGAAAGCAACUUGUGUAGAAGUAUUUUUAUUGACAUUUUCUUUGUUCGAGGAAACGACAGUGAUGCCAUCCGACAGACCUUUCAAGCAAAGACGGACAUUCGCGGACAGGUGCAAAGAGGUGCAGCAAAUUCGGGAGCAGCACCCCAACAAGAUUCCGGUUAUCAUUGAGCGUUAUAAGGGCGAGAAACAGCUGCCUGUCUUGGACAAAACCAAGUUUUUGGUGCCGGAUCACGUCAACAUGAGCGAGCUGGUCAAGAUCAUUAGGCGCAGACUGCAGCUGAACCCCACCCAGGCCUUCUUCCUACUGGUCAACCAACACAGCAUGGUCAGCGUCUCCACCCCAAUCUCGGAGAUUUACGAGCAGGAGCGGGACGAGGACGGCUUCCUUUACAUGGUGUACGCCUCCCAGGAGACCUUUGGCUGCUAGGGUGGGAGGGGUCUGGCCAAAAGCGAUCAGGGGGGUAAGGGCGGGGUGAGGGU